AUGCCUCCCCGGAGGAAAGAGGCCGUCCUGAAGGACGGCCUUCUGGCAAAACUAGCUGAUGCAGCGUUUGACAUGAGCAGGGGCAAAAACAACGAUUUGGACCUUGUCAACGCAUUUGAGAAUGUUGCAGCAUCUGUUAUCAAUCGCCGCAAAAAGACCGCGACACAUCAACUGACAGCCGCGUUGAGACAAGCGCAGAGGAACACCUCCAGCACCUCUCAGCAUCCUCCAUCGGGCGAGGAGGUUCUAAACAACCUCAAAUCCAUACCCAUCCGCUUGUACGACAGCUUGACCAAACAAGUCAACAGCUCGAUGCUCGGCGAUCCCAUGGAACUCGACGAAGCGGAUCUGGCGUCAAUAAGCAGUGUCGAUGAUUCCUUUGACGAGGUUCCUCCUCAGCGUACAUACCUCUUCGAUGACGCGAGCGACGAGGAUAUCGACAGUGAGGAACAGAAUCAGAAGGAUACCCAAGCCUUUGCCAUGACAAGUUUGGUAGCUUUUCGCCUCCACAGAUCCAUCCCACCUCUUGACCUCCAAGAUCUGCCGGCAUUCGUCGAAGGGUUUUCGCCGCACUCAUGGCAGCUACAAGGUGCCGGAAUAGCAAGAGAAAUGUGUGAAUCGACCUUCCGCGGCGUCUGCAUCGCGGAUCCUAUGGGAUACGGGAAGACUCUUACCACCCUUUUGGUCACCAUCAGACCAAAAGGCUCGCCCUACAAAGGCCCUGUCUGGAUCGUCGCCCCCAAGACUCUCGUCCCGCAUUGGGAGGAGCAAUUCCAGCACUUCCAUGAGACUGAACGGCCAUCUUUGCUCGCCCUCACCGACAAGAUGACGACUGUCCGCCAGCUUGCUCAAGCCAGAUGGGAUUACAUCAUUAUCACCCCGCAGUUUCUGACUUCCAGGUUCGCCGUUUGGCAGGGCGAGGUCCGCCGAGCGCAGCUUGCGUUUUACCGUCAAUUUGCACCAGCCAUGGAAGCUACGUCGAGAGUCGAGGCCUGCCGCCAAACGAACUGCAUUUUCGAUAAAGAAUGCUGGGACCUCUUCGGGUAUAAUUUUCCGUAUGUGAUAUUCGACGAGGUCCACGGCUAUAAAAACGACCAGGGCAUCCAGAAUGAAGCCUGUGUUGCCAUCGAGGCUAAAGCCAAAAUUCUCGUGAGUGGCACCCCUCUAAAGAACAAAGUGACGGACGCCUUCGGCAUCCUCAAGAUCCUUCCGGGCAAUCCCUUCGCCUCGAGGAGCGCAUUCCUCCGUGUGCUAGACAAAAACCACGGAAGGAAGGGCCUGCCGAAGCUAGACUUGAGAAAGCUAGCCAUGCUACUCGAUGCUGUUACGAUUUCAAGACCACACGCAGCGCUCAACCUGCCCGAGCUUAUUGAGCUCGACGUCGACGCCGACUUGCGAAAGGAAACGGUACUUGAGAUCGCCAUGUUAGGACAUAAGUUCCAUCGCCUGGCGGCUAUGAUGGGGGGGGAGUCGCGCGAGGAGACCCCAAAACUCCGGUCAUGGCGCCGCUAUGGCAAGAAGGAGAUGGAGGCGGUUAGAGAAAGGUUUUACAGAUGGUGUCAUGAAAACAAGUACGACCCGAACACUAUUGCCUUCAACCCCGCGCGCCUUCAGGAGUUUGUGCGUGCUGUGCCGCAAAGAAGUCGCGAAGAGCAAGUUGAAGACCCUGAGUGGCGGCCUGAGACUGGAGACAUUGGCGAAGAUGAGACCGCCUUCGACCAUGAUGAUGCAAAUAUCAACAACAACGCCCGCCGCAACACGAACCGCCAAUCGUGGCUGGAUUACCUCGACGAAAACUGGGAGCAAGAGUCUGAGCGACUAGCUAAUGAACAAAGCCCACGACUCCAAGCCGUUAUACGCACAGUGAGAGACAUCAUCACAGCCGAGGGCGGCGUGAUGGGGGAAGACGAGCUCGACAGCCCCCUCAUCUACCCGGAGAACGUCAAAAUCGUUAUGUUUUCAGAAUGGGUCCAUGAGCUCGACGUCGUAGAGAAGGCUCUUGCAGAAUUCUUCGAUUGGCGUUUUAAAAUCAUGCGAUUUGAUGGCACGCGAACACCCGACCAACGGCAGGAGACACGGAGACAGUUUCAGCAUCGCGAGGGUAGGAUGAUUCUCUUAGCUACCGUUGGCGCAGGCGGCCAGGGAAUCAGCCUGACCGCUUGCCAUCACGUGGUGCUGAUCCAGCCUCUGUGGACGAUCGCCGAAGAGAGGCAGGCUCUUGCACGCUGCCAUCGCCAAGGACAAGAGCAUCAAGUACAUGUGUGGCGCAUUAACUCGCCAAACUCCGUCAUGGAGUCACAUAUCCGAGACAAGGCCGAGGAGAAAGAUGAGGAAGUGGAAACGGUUAUGGGGUUUCUUACGAGGCCGGAUGGGUCGGAACCCAUUGUCACAUGGACAGCAGAUGAAAUGGAGAGCAUGACACCUCUCUUGGGGAUGGCAUGA